CAGAGACCGGCGCCGAGGCGCUGGCUGCUCCUCCCGGGGAGCCCCGGCAGAGGGCGCUGGGCGCGGGCUGAGGCGGCUCCGCCUCCGGCCUGCGAGCGGCGGCGCGGGGACGGCAGCGGCAGGCCCGGGCCCGAGGCGCUGGGAGGACGCAGGGUAUGCUAUGACUGGCUUCAGACUCCCCAUCACUGCUUUUAGAAAACUAAAUGUCUGGUUUGGACUGUGGGAGAAAUUCCCCUCUAAUAAACUGUGUCUUUCGUGGAGGAGAAGCCUAUUCUGUAGCUGUCAAGCAAGCACAGUAAACUACAGAAGAUGUUUCAGCUUUUCCCCAGCAAAGCUCUGUGCACUAAGACUUUCUCCAGAGCAUAUCUCAGUAUUGUCUCUGCGGAACAAAAGUAACAAAAGCUCUAAAAGGAGCAGACGAACUGUAGAAGAAGAGGAAGAAGAGGACGAAGAUGAAGAGGAAAGCAAUUUGGAAGAUGAAUUUGAAAAUGACCCCGAUGUAGUAAAAGAUUACAAGGAUCUUGAAAAAGUAGUGCAGUCUCUUCGAUAUGAUGUGAUCAUGAAAGCUGGUCUGGACAUUGCAAGAAAUAAAGUAGAAGAUGCAUUCUACAAUAAUGAACUCAGGCUGAAUGGAGAAAAACUAUGGAAGAAAAGUAGAACUGUGAAAAUUGGUGACACACUGGAUCUCAUAGUAGGUGAAGAUAAAGACACAGGAACCGCUGUAGUUAUGCGGGUAGUCUUAAAAAAAGUAUCUGACAAAACUGAAAGUGAAAAGUACAAAGUAAUUUUGAGGCGUUGGAAAAACUUAAAAGUGCCCAAACAGGAUGUAUUUAAGUAACGGGGGUGGCAUGUGGCAGCAUAAGAUUUUUGCAAAAAAUGUAUUUGUUGUUAAAUACAAAUUUUGGUUAAACAAAAUUACAGUACCCUUUUUUAAGGGUUUGUGUUGGAAUGUGAUCUCCCUCUGCUGUGUACAUCAAUAUUAAUGCAAUAAGCCUGUCACUUCUUGCUGUUAGUUUUGUUUCAUGAUAUUGUGAGAUAAAAGAUCCAACUCUUACAUUUCCAGGCAGUUUCCUUACAGACGUUAUAUAUAAAGAACCAAUAAAGACUAAUUUGAUCACUGUUUAA